AGACUGGUGGCACCCCUGAGCACUUUACCCCCUCCCUGGGAUCUGUACCCUAAGGAAGCAGGCACCACUGAGGAACUACAAAAAUAUCAUAUCAUCACUGUUAUUGGAGAUCAUUUCCCCCCCACAGAUCCUCAGGAUGACCCCUGAAUACUUCUUGAGGUCCCUCUUGAUGAUCAUAUUAGCUGUGUUCUCUGCAAAUGCUAGCAACUGGCUGUACCUUGCAAAACUGUCGUCGGUGGGCAGCAUUUCAGAAGAGGAGACUUGUGAGAAGCUGAAAGGAUUAAUCCAGCGCCAGGUGCAGAUGUGUAAGAGGAAUCUGGAAGUCAUGGACUCCGUCAGGCGAGGGGCUCAGCUGGCCAUCGAGGAAUGUCAGUAUCAGUUCAGGAACCGACGGUGGAACUGCUCCACACUGGACACGCUGCCCGUAUUCGGGAAGGUGGUGACACAAGGCACCAGGGAAGCAGCGUUCGUGUACGCAAUAUCAUCAGCGGGGGUCGCCUUCGCAGUCACCAGGGCGUGUAGCAGUGGAGAUCUAGAAAAAUGUGGCUGCGAUCGGACGGUACACGGUGUGAGUCCUCAAGGGUUCCAGUGGUCUGGCUGUUCAGAUAACAUUGCAUAUGGAGUAGCUUUCUCACAGUCUUUCGUUGAUGUAAGAGAGCGGGGUAAAGGGGCUUCAUCAAGUCGAGCUCUCAUGAAUCUCCACAACAACGAGGCAGGACGAAAGGCCAUCCUCAACAACAUGCGAGUGGAAUGUAAGUGCCAUGGGGUCUCCGGAUCCUGCGAAGUAAAGACCUGCUGGAAAGCAAUGCCUCCGUUUCGUAAAGUCGGCAAUGUCUUGAAGGAAAAAUUUGAUGGAGCUACUGAAGUGGAGCAGAAAAAAAUUGGCACGACCAAAGUCUUAGUGCCUAAAAAUUCUCAGUUCAAGCCACACACGGAUGAAGACCUGGUAUAUCUAGACUCCAGCCCAGACUUCUGCGACCACGACUUAAAGAACGGCGUUUUGGGAACUACGGGCCGGCAGUGCAACAAGACUUCCAAGGCCAUCGAUGGCUGUGAGCUUAUGUGCUGCGGUCGGGGCUUUCACACAGAAGAAGUCGAAAUAGUAGAAAGAUGCAGCUGUAAGUUCCAUUGGUGCUGCUUUGUCAAAUGUAAACAGUGCCACAAAGUGGUAGAAAUGCACACAUGUCGGUGAUCUCUACAAAUCAACCACCAGAAUGGACAACGUGGACCUCGCCGAACCAUUCCUUCCACCACAGCUGGUGAAACUCCAUUGACUGCAAAAAAAUUAAGGAGGGACAGAUUUUUUUUU